GGGGUGGGCUUUGAAAUGAGGGAGCUGCAGGGAUGGAGGCCAAGACACUGGUGGGUGGUGAUUUGGGAUGUGCCUGGUGUCCCUGUCUCUGGUGGGACAGGCUUGGGGGUGUCACACUGAACCCACACUCCCCUCAGGGGACCCCAGUGCCACGGGGCAGCCACUGGUGCUCAGCCCCAGCUCUGCCAUCCAUCUGGAAGCCAGUGUCCACUUCAGUCCCAGCUUCUCCAUGAAGAUCCAUGUGGACCAGUGCUAUGGGACCAUCGUGGAGCAGCCAGGAUGCUCCAGGAGGGUCUUCAUGGUGGUGAACAGCCAGGGAUGCCUGCACGGGGAGAAGCUGGGAAGUGUGUCUGUCCAGCACUGGAGAGGGGAGUCUGCCCUCCAGCUCUCCAUCCUGGCCCCCACGCUGGAGGGUGAGACUGAGGAGGAGGAGGUCUAUGUGCACUGCUUGCUGACAGCGUGGGGACAAGGACACGCCAUCAGGUCCUGCUUCUACAGCCACACCACGGACAGCUGGCACAACGCAGAGGACCCUUCCCGGAGUGCCCAGUGCCACUGCUGUGACACCAGCUGUCCCCGCGGUGACACCCUCCCAGGACACCUGCCAGCAUUCCCAGGUGAGGGGACACUCCGCCGGGAGACAGUUGGACCAGUGCUGGUGCAGAAGGAGAAGGUGCCGUGGUACGAAGGGCCGUGCCACACCAUGAAGAGGUUCCUGCUGGCCGGGCUGGCCCUGGUGGGCAGUGCCGUGGUGGUGGUUGCCGCAGUGGGGGGGCUGCUGGGGCUGGCCCUGACCACCUGGCGCCUGGGUACGCGCCGGCGGGGACAGCGGCCACCGAGGCAGAGGUCCCCCUUCCAGGCCGAGCUGCAGAGCGUGGUGGGGGCCCUGGUCCUCAGGGAGACAGGGAAACGGGGCAAGGUGGGACCAGACCCCCUUUCUCCAUAAUAAACGUGGCUUUGUUUUCUCUA